AUGCCUGGCGUUUUGAAUCGCCCGAAGGUGUUGGCACCCACCAUAGAUCAUGGCUCUCAUGACAAAGUGCCCUCCAUUAGGGACACUCCCAACUUCAUCGACAAUCAAUUCAUCCUCUCACAGGCAGAUCAAUGGUUCGACGUACGGGACCCUGCCACGAAUUCUCUUGUCACUCGUGUUCCACAGUCUACGCAAGCUGAACUGGAAGCCGCCGUCGCCUCUGCUAAACGAGCGUUUCCCGCCUGGAAAGCAACCUCCAUUAUGCGUCGUCAACAGGUUAUGUUUAGACUGACGCACCUGGUGCGCGAAAACAUGGAUCGCCUUGCGCGAAACAUCACUAUUGAACAAGGCAAAACUUUUGCUGACGCGAAGGGAGAUGUUCUGCGUGGUCUCCAGGUGUGCGAGACAGCUUGUGGCGUCACCACUCAGCUCCCUGGAGAGGUUAUUGAAGUGGCUAGGGACAUGGAAACACGCUCAUACCGCGAACCCUUGGGUGUGACGGCUGCAAUCUGCCCUUUUAACUUCCCUGCCAUGAUCCCACUCUGGUCGCUGCCGCUGGCACUAGUUACUGGGAAUACCCUUAUCCUCAAACCCUCUGAACGCGAUCCUGGAUCAGCUAUGAUCAUUGCAGAGCUCUGCGUGGAAGCAGGCGUGCCCCCUGGCGUACUUAAUAUUGUGCACGGAGCACAUUCUACGGUCAACUUCAUACUUGACGACCCUAGCAUCAAAGCUAUAUCAUUCGUCGGGUCGAAUAAGGCCGGAGAGUACGUCUGGACGCGGGGAACUGCAAACGGCAAGAGAGUACAAGCCAACCUCGGUGCUAAAAACCACGCAGCUCUUCUACCUGAUUGCAACAAAAAUCAUGCACUAAAUGCUAUCAUCGGUGCCGCAUUCGGCGCGGCUGGUCAACGCUGCAUGGCAUUAUCUGCUCUCGUUCUUAUUGGGGAAACGAAGAAUUGGCUGCCUCAGCUCGUGGAAAGAGCCUCACAGCUGAAGUUCACUGGUGGCUUUGAGCCGGAUGCUGACUUUGGCCCGGUGAUUUCUCCAGAAUCUAAAAAGCGGGUUGAAGAUCUCAUCGCUAGUGCUGAAGCUGAGGGCGCUACUAUCUUGCUCGACGGUCGCGGACAAAAGCCCCAGAACAGCCGAUUCGCCCAGGGCAAUUGGGUCGGGCCCACCAUUAUCACGAAUGUCAAGACACAUAUGAGAUGUUAUACUGAAGAGAUCUUUGGUCCUGUCCUUGUGUGCUUGGCUGUUGAUACUGUCGAGGCCGCUCUAGAGCUUAUCAAUAGCAAUGAGUACGGAAAUGGCGCUUCCGUCUUCACUAGCUCUGGCUCGACAGCAACAUUGUUUCAAAAGUCCCUGGAAGCAGGUCAGAUUGGCAUCAAUGUUCCAAUACCUGUGCCGCUGCCAAUGUUCUCGUUCACUGGGAACAAGAAAUCUGUGGCUGGAACUGGCAUGGCCAACUUUUAUGGAAAAGAAGGUAUUCGCUUUUAUACCCAAUGGAAGACUGUCACGAGUCUUUGGCGCGCCGAGGACGCCCUUGCAACUGAAAAGCAAGUCGCGAUGCCAACGCAGCAGUAG